GAGUCAGUCAAGGCGCAGAAGGCAGAUAUUGCAGCCAGGUGGACCCGUUAGCAAUAGGAUAAUGGUGAUACGUAUAAAUGGGAAAUUUCAUAAUAUAACAAUUUUGCAAAUCUAUGCACCUACUGCAGAUUCAGAAGAGGAGGAAAUUGAAGAAUUCUAUGCUGAGCUUCUGGAAGCUCGGAAACAGACAUCAAAGAAAGAUAUUGUCUAUAUUGUGGGAAACUUCAAUGCGAAAGCGGACGAAGUGGAAAAAUCAGAGAUGGAAAUCUUGCAAGUAUGUCCUGAGAAGUUUCUUCUUUGGUGGACAAAAAAAGAACUGAGGAGGAGAGUGUGGAGCAUGUGACCAAGGUGUAAAGGGGAGGAGCCUAUCUACCAAUCGGAGAGCCAGAAAAGAUCAGCUAGUGAGUGUUUCCGGCAGCUUUCUUCACACAGGCGUGAAGCCCAUCUGUGUGACUGGGCAGAGACCACUUAGAGGAACCUGAACUGUUACAUUUGCCAUUGGUAGCUACACACUAGCAAAGAUGCAUAGAGUACACCAUAAUGAAUGAUUUUUUUAAUUUAAAAAGCUUCACUGGGGACACUUGUACUGCCUUUGUGUUGAAAAUUAAAUUGAACAGGACUGCUUUUUCAGCA